AUGGCAGACGCAUACCUCUCCAACGUUGUGGGAGGGGUUAUUUCAAAUCUGGUUUCCCCAGCCCUUAGAGAGGCUAAGCUGUGGUGGGGCGUUAAAGAUGAGCUUGACAAACUCAAGAAGACAGUUUCAACUGUCCAAGCUGUUCUGCUUGAUGCAGAGGAGCAGUACUCACAGAGGGUUAUUUCAAAUCUGGUUUCCCCAGCCCUUAGAGAGGCUAAGCUGUGGUGGGGCGUUAAAGAUGAGCUUGACAAACUCAAGAAGACAGUUUCAACUGUCCAAGCUGUUCUGCUUGAUGCAGAGGAGCAGUACUCACAGAGUCAUCAAGUCAAAGUUUGGAUUGAUUCACUCAAAGAAGCAUUUUAUGAUGCGGAUGAUUUACUGGAUGAGUUCUCCAUAAGGGAAUUGGAAAAGAAGGUGAUGACUGGCAAUAAAUUGGUCAAGGAGGUACGUUUGUUCUUUUCGAGCUCAAACCAAUUUAUUCAUAGUAUUAAAAUGGCUCAUAAGAUUAAGGAAAUUAGAUGUGAAUUAGAUGGGAUUGCUGAAAAUAGGAAGUUUUACUUAAAUCAUGAACGUUCUGAGAAGAGGGAUGUAAUGUCUAAUUAUCAAGAUAGAGACCAAACUCACUCUUCUUUACCUGAAGUAGUCAUUGGGAGAGAAGAUGAAAAGAAGACAAUUAUACAAUUUCUUUUGUCUUCCAAUUGUAAGGCAAAUGCGUCGAUUGUUUCUGUAGUUGGCAUUGGAGGUUUGGGGAAGACAACACUUGCUCAACUCGUAUUCAAUGAUGAGAUAGUGAAAUCACAUUUUGGACUAAAGUUAUGGAUUUGCAUUUAUGAUAAUUUUGACGUGAAAACAGUAGUUGAAAAGAUUUUAGAAUCUAUCACUGGUGCAAAACCUGCAGAAAAUUGUGAAAUGAAUACCUUGAAAAAUCUCCUCCACGAACAUAUUAAUGGUAAAAAAUACUUGCUUGUCUUAGAUGAUGUAUGGAAUGAGGACUAUGAAAAAUGGUUUCGCUUGAAGGAUUUGUUAAUUGGAGGUGCAAGGGGAAGUAAAAUAAUAGUAACUACACGUCUUAAAAUUGUUGCAGAGAGGAUUAGAUCAGAUUCUAUAUAUGAAUUACAAGGUCUAAGUAAUGUGGAAUCAUGGUCUUUGUUCGUACAAAUGGCCUCCAAACAAGGGAAAGUGGAGAGCGAAGAACAUGAGCUAGUCGGAAAGGAGAUUGUGGCCAAGUGUGUUGGAGUUCCUUUGGCUAUAAGAGCAAUAGGACGGCUAUUGUAUUUUAAAGAUACAAUAUCUGAGUGGCAAUCCUUCAAAGAUAGAGAACUUGCAAAUAUAGAUAAAGAAGAUGCUAGUAUCUUACCAACUCUCAUGUUGAGUUAUAACCAUCUGCCCUCACAUUUAAAAUGUUGCUUUGCUUACUGUAGUUUAUUUCCAAAAGCCUGUAGAAUUGACUUGAGAUUCUUGGUGAAUCGCUUAGGGUAUAUUAGAGUAUCAGAUUCAAAACAAAAUCUUGAAGAUAUAGGUUUACAAUAUUUUAAGGAUCUUUUAUGGAGGUCGUUCUUUCAGGAAGUACUAGAAGAUCCACUGGGUAAUAUAUUUACAUUUAAAAUGCAUGAUUUGAUGUCUGAUCUUGCUGCUGUGGUAGCUGGAGAGGAGAUCAAUCUUCUACGAUCAGAUGCAGAGUGUGUUAAAGUGAAGGAAAGAAGUAUGCAUUUAUCCAUUGAUUCUGAAGCUCUGUCAUGGAGACAAUUGCCACGUGUCUUACCUGUUGCAAAGAAGGCGCGAUCAUUUCUGGCAUUCAAUAAAUCAAUGACAAAUGAAAUUAAAGAAAGACAAUUGGAUAUGAUAUUUUCUAAUGUAAGACGAAUAAGGGUGUUGAAUUUGCCUAAUCUGGCGAUGGAGAGAGUGCCACCUUCCAUUGACAGAUUAAAGCAUCUAAAGUAUCUCAAUCUUUCUAACAAUAAACGCAUUGAGAUCCUUCCUAAUUCCAUAACAAGGCUCCAGAAUCUACAAACACUAGCACUAGUAGGGUGUAAAAGGUUUAAACAGUUGCCUAAGCAUAUGAAAAAGUUGGUAAACCUCAGGCAACUCUACAUUGAAGGAUGUUUUAGUUUGACUCAUAUGCCAUGUGGUCUUGGUCAGCUGACUUCUCUUCAGAAUUUGCCAUUGUUUGUACUGGCAAAGGAUAAUGGUGUCUCCAAGGAAAGUGGUGGACUUGAUGAACUGCGUAAUUUGAACAGCUUGAGAGAAAGUCUGGCAAUCAUUAAUCUGCAAUAUGUAAAAAAUGCAGCAUCUGAAUUUGAGGCGGUGAAAUUGAAAGAGAAGCAGCACCUUCAAACCUUGCAAUUAGAAUGGAAAUCGGAAGCUCCCUAUGAUAUUAAUAGUGAUAGUGAUCUAAACGAUGAUAAUAAAGAAAUAUCAUUGGAAGAGUUGUGGCCUCACCAAAAUCUGAAAUGGUUGAUCGUGUCCGGGUGUGGAAAAGUGAAGUUUCCCAGCUGGAUUUCUAACCUUUCUAAUUUGGUGGAACUUCAAAUUAAUGGCUGCAAACACUGCCAACGUUUCCCACCGUUAGAUCAAUUUCCCUUUCUUAAACGCUUAUCGAUAAAGAAUUUCACAGAUUUGGAGUACAUAGAGAGUGGCAUUGAAAUGUCAGGAUCUGCAUUAUUCUUUCCUUCCCUAGAGAAACUCUGGCUCGAAAAUUGCCCUAAUCUCAAGGGAUGGUGGAGGUUUCCGUUGCUCAAAUUCCACUGUCUUAGUUAUUUGGGUAUCGUGUCCUGCACAAACCUAACUUCAAUGCCAUUAAUUCCAUCUGUCGAGUCAUUGUUACUGAAAAGUACCAGCAUAAAGUCAUUGGACGACAUAUUGAAGAUGAAGAUACAAUCAAGAUCCUCUUCUCCUUCCUCAAUUACCCCUGCUCUCUCUCAAUUGAAAACUUUGACCCUUGAGAAAGUAGAGGAUUUAAAAUUUCUAGAUGAGGAGUUGAUGCAAAACUUCACUUCCCUCCAACAGCUAGAAAUUUUUGAUUGCCCAACUAUAACAACUGUACCCCGUGCCAUAAAAUAUCUGACCUCCCUUAAGAAUCUCAUGAUACGGGAUUGUGAAGAGCUAGAUUUUUCAGAUGAUGAGAAUGUUGUUAGUAUGCAAUGGCAGUGCCUUAGAAGCCUACAAGAGGUUCAAUUUAAAAAUAUGGCGAAAUUGUCAUCCCUUCCAAAGGGGCUUCAAUGUGUUACUACCCUUAGCAAACUCAUCAUUGAAAGUUGUCCUAAUUUGGUGUCUUUACCGGAGUGGAUGGCAAAUCUGACCGGAUUGCAAUAUCUAGUAUUGGAUAAAUGUUAUAAUUUGUCAGAAAGAUGCAGCAACAAAGUAUCGGGAGCUGACUGGCCCAAGAUUGCUCACAUCCCAUAUAUUAACAUCAACGGGAGAUGGAUUCAAUUGGUUGGGCAUAACAAACCUCAUUAUGUGGAUAGAACUCACAUCCCUGACCUUAGUUACGGGAAGUAGCUUUGCAUCCUCAAAGGGCAUCUCUGAUACCAAUUUAGACACCUAAUAAGGCCAGAACAUCUCUUCAACUGUCCUGCAUCAAAAAAACUUGAUUCAAAAAAUUCAUCAGAUUUUUAUUCAACCUUUUCAUGGGGCCAGGAUUCAUUCAGUUCGUUAGCUUUAUAUAUUGAACUGCAAUAUAUGGAAGCCAGUGUCCUCCAUCAACUUCCUUUUUCGAGCUUCAGUCUUAUUUAUCAUGAAGCAACUUUUCAAGCAUUUUUGUUCAUGCUCGAUCUUCCUUAGAGUUCUCAGAAUUAAAUCAAAAAAAGGAAAAUCUAUCGAUAACAUGUAAGAAUCCAUCAAUUACUGCUUGUGGCCUCUCAAUGAGUUCAUCUUUAAAGUUUCAAGGAAGAAUCAGAAUAUGGGUUACUCCUAGGAUAACAGGUGCAUCUGAAGAAUUGUGCAGUUUAAAGUUGAUGCUGGGUCCAACCUACAAUUAUGCAACACCUAAGUGUUUCCCACAUUUCCGCUGGCCAAGCUGUAGAAGGUAUCGCAAGACAACCCCAGGCGGAGGGAAAAAUGGCACUGGGCAGGCAUUAGCCCCCAUACAUGAUCUUACAACUUUGCGGAGACCUGUGUUUUUGGUAAACAGUCGGCCGGGCCUGAUCACUGCAACCCCUUUGUGAGGAGGCACCCCUUCUCCCGAAGUUACGGGGCUAUUUUGCCAAGCUCCUUAGAGAGAGUUAUCUCGCGCCCCUAAAUAUCCAUUAAACAAAAAAAGGGUUCAAAUCCUUUUUUCGACGAAAGUCAAGAGAAGAUUCCAAUUGCAAAGAAAAAUUGGCGCAGAUGUCGGAAUCAUUGGCGCUACAUGUCAAGUCUUUUGUUAGUGGCUGUCUCUAGCCUUGCCUGGUAGAGAUUUUCACUACAAACGAUAUAAUGUUCAUCCUUCAAGAUCAUCUUCAUUCUCUGGAUUUGGAUAUGGACAUGAGUUUAGUGCCAGUUUUCACAAAGGAACAUUUCCCUUUUAAGCUGUCAUUUUCUCUUGUUAAUGACAAACUCAUACGUAUACAUAGAUGGAUAGCAUGAUAUCAAAAUAUCAUUUACUUUUAUGAUAAAGUGUAGCCCUAUAUUUGUUUAUGACAAUGUGGUAGCAGACUACUUGUGCCAAA